AUGCUCUUACUCUUGACGAUCAUUGGUUUUCUUACGAUAUCAUCAUGCUGGUCGGAGAUCUUUUCCAAUAAUCAUCCAAAAAAUCUUUCACAAGCGAUUAUCGUCGGUGUUAAAAAGUGUGGUACACGAGCUUUAUUAAAAUUUCUCUCGAUCCAUCCAGCCAUUGCUGUCGCUUCGACUGAAUUACACUUUUUCGAUUCUUACACUAACUUUCAACACGGUUUACAAUGGUAUCGAGCACAAAUUCCGAUCAAUCGAUCCUCUCAACAUAUAAUUAUCGAAAAAACUCCGUCUUAUUUCAUUAAUAAAUCGACGCCGUUACGUAUCGCGCGAUUAUUACCUGACGCGCAGUUAAUUAUCAUAAUUCGAGAUCCGAUUACCCGUGCAAUUAGUGAUUAUGUUCAAUUAAGAAAUCGCCAUCGCUUUUAUCCCAGUUUUGACGAUUGGAUAUCCUCGUCGAACUUCACUCAACGAACACCGGUGAAAAUCGGUUGCUAUGCGCAGUACCUUCGUCGAUGGUUAAAAUAUUUCCCGCGUAAUCAGAUGCACUUUGUCGACGGAGAAAAUCUCAUUCAUCGUCCAUGGGAAGAACUUGAACAUGUACAAACAUUUUUGAAUCUACCUGUUCGCAUUCAUCGAGAAGACUUCUAUUUCAAUCCGAACAAAUACGGAUUUCCAUGUCUUCGACAAACAAAUGGUUGUCUGGGUUUAAACAAGGGUCGACGACAUCCUGUCAUCGCAAAUCAAACUCGAAACAAAUUGAACGACUUCUAUUUGACUUGUAACGCCGAAUUGAAACGACUUGCACAGAUCGACUUUUCUUGGAUUUAG